CCCUUCCUCCUCCCAACCAACCGAGCAACAGCCAACCGGGAGCAAGGGAGAGCUAAACGGAGACCAGCCGAGCCAAGAAAUGGAGGACUUCUACUACUUCCCUACCUCCUUGGAGACCUCUGAGAAAAUCCACCGAGCGUUCCUCCCCGUCGUGCACUCCUCCCCCCACAACCGGAGCUCGCCGUCGCCGAGGCCCCGCCGCGACGCCGGCGAGCUCGGCCACCACUACCUCAACGCCUGCUUCCGGUGCGGGCGGACGCUUUCUGGGAACAAGGACAUCUUCAUGUACAGAGGCGACACCCCGUUCUGCAGCGAGGAGUGCCGGCAGCAGCAGAUCGACACCGACGACGCGGCGGAGAAGAGGUCCAAGAAGUCCGCGGCUGCGACGGCGACGGAGCAGCAGUCGCGGCGGCAUAGCCCGCACAGAGUGCCCGUCUGGGCUCGGUAGAAGCAGCAUCAUUGGAUGGAUCAAAUGGCCUAAUCUGCUCUAUAUUACUCCAUCCAUAUAAACUUCGGAAUUGUGGAUGCACGCGAACCGACGUGAUAUGAGCAGCUUGAGGGACCUGGUCAUAUAUUCCCUAUUGGAAUUGGAAUGCAGUUCUUGGAGGCAAAAAACAAAACAAAAAAAAGAUCGUCUGGAACCCUCAUUAUAUGUGUGAUUAACAGCUUUCUUCCUUGUGUGCGAUCCCCAUGUAGUCCAAAAUUUUGGCAUGGAAGAAAUAAGAUCACCGAGGCACCCAUCCAUGGA